UCCAUCCCCUAAUGCAAAAAUCCCUACGUAUGGCAAAACUAGUGGGGGUCGGCUACCAAAUCAACUGUGCAGUGACUGUCCUCCUCUACAACACCAUUCCCUUAAUAACCGAUAAAAGUCUCCCGAUUCCUUUCUCUCUUUUUGAGUUGGGGCGGUACCACGCCGCCAUGUACCUCCUCCAAUUUUGGGGAAUCGCCCACGCGGCCGCCAACAAUUCCGCCCUGGACGUCCUGGCGUAUAAUUUCAUGUCCAUCAUCAACGGCCAGGCCAAAGUCUUGAACGAGAAGAUCAGGACGUCCGGCCGAUUGCAGAACAACGAAAAGGAUUUGAUCGAAUAUUUGUACGAUUGCGUGUAUCAUCACAAUAAGAUUAUUAUGUUUGUCCAUAAGGUGGAACGGGUGUUCUCCAUAAUUCUGCUGAUCCAGUACUUGACAAGCAUCGUGGUGAUUUGCAAUAUUGGGUUUCAAUUAGUUUUCAGUUUGCAGUUUUUUCUUAUGUUAUCAUUCUUCGUGGCCAUGAUGUGUCAGUUGGGGAUGUAUUGCUGGUUUGGCAACGAGAUUAUAAUAAACAGCACGGCAAUACGUGACGCAUGUUACGAGUCCGACUGGGUCGAUUACAGCGUGCGAGUAAGGAAAAUUCUGCUAAUUAUCAUGGAACGCGGUAAAAAGCCACUCUAUCUCACUGCUGGAAAGUUUUCCAUUCUAUCACUGGCCUCGUUUACCUCUGUGAUUAAUUCGGCAUAUUCCUUUUUCGCUUUGAUGCAACGAAUGUAUAAACAGAGUGAGCAUGAGUAA